CCUCUUCUGAUGAGGCAAAGUCACUCACUGCCCAGGAGUGGUAUUCCCUUCUCAAGUUACUUGCCAAUCGCGCUUCGCGUCCUUCGCGUCCGAAGAUCUACAAUUCAUUCGUUUCUGAUCCCCCCAACGAUUUCGCCAGGCGUCGCGAUCGCCCUGGUCCCGAUCAAGACAACAAUUUUCCUCCUAUUCCCGCAGCUUUGCGUCCCCCAGUCAUCCAAAAUACAAUGCCCCAAAUUGGACCGACCGACCUGUCGGGAGUCCACCGCUCCCGCCCGCUUUACCAGGUGCUCAACACCGAGAAGAAGAAGGUCGCCUACUUCUACGACUCGGACAUUGGCAAUUAUGCCUACGUGACUGGUCACCCGAUGAAACCGCAUCGCAUUCGCCUUGCUCACAGCUUGGUGAUGAAUUACGAUGUCUACAAGUUUCUUGAGAUUUACCGCGCCAAGCCCGCUGUCAUGGCCGAGAUGACGCAGUUUCACACGGAUGAAUACAUCGAGUUUUUGCAGAAAGUUACACCCGACAACAUGGACUCCUUUAUGAGAGAGCAGGGCAAGUACAACGUCGGUGACGACUGCCCCGUCUUUGACGGUCUUUUCGAGUUCUGCGGCAUCAGUGCUGGUGGCAGCAUGGAGGGCGCCGCCCGCCUCAACCGCAAUAAAUGCGACAUUGCCAUCAACUGGGCUGGCGGCCUUCAUCAUGCAAAGAAGAGCGAGGCUAGCGGUUUCUGCUAUGUCAACGACAUUGUUCUGGCCAUUCUCGAGCUCCUGCGCUUCAAGAAGCGCGUGCUCUACAUCGACAUUGACGUCCACCACGGUGACGGAGUGGAGGAAGCCUUUUACACCACCGAUCGUGUCAUGACUGUUUCGUUCCACAAGUAUGGCGAGUACUUCCCUGGUACCGGCGAACUCCGCGACAUCGGAAUCGGAAAGGGCAAGUACUAUGCCGUCAACUUCCCGCUCCGUGACGGCAUUGAUGACGAGGCUUAUGAGACCAUCUUUGAGCCCGUCAUUUCUGCUGUCAUGCAGUACUACCAGCCUGAGGCCGUUGUCCUCCAGUGCGGUGGUGACAGUCUGUCUGGUGAUCGUUUGGGCUGCUUCAAUCUGAGCAUGCGCGGCCAUGCCAACUGCGUCAACUACGUCCGCAGCUUCAACCUGCCGACUCUGGUUCUUGGCGGUGGUGGCUACACCAUGCGUAAUGUUUCCCGCACUUGGGCCUACGAGACUGGUCGCUUGGUCGGUGUGGAGAUGGAUCGUGUCCUGCCGUACAACGAAUAUUACGAAUACUAUGGACCCGAUUAUGAACUUGAUGUUCGCGCUUCGAAUAUGGAGAACGCGAACAGCUACGAGUAUCUUGAGAAGAUCAAGAUUGCCGUCAUCGAGAAUCUGAAGAAAACGGCUCCCGUUCCAUCGGUUCAGAUGCAAGAUGUCCCCCGCGAAGGUCUCGGCCUCUCCGACGAGCAGGAGGCUGAGCUCGACGACCUGGAUGAGGACGAUAACAAAGACGUGCGCAUCACCCAACGCCAAUGGGAGAAGCGCGUUGAGCGGCAAGAUGAGUUCGAGGACUCCGAUGACGAGGACAUGGCUCGCGCCAACGGAAUUUACAAAGCCAAUGGCCGCUCCCGCCAGGAGACUAACCAUGGCAUUACCGGCAAGGACGAUGACGCUAUGGAUGUCGAUAGCGGCGUCGCCACCCCCGCUGAUCCCGCUGCCGACACUGCGGCCGACAACGAUGACACCAUGAUUGACGAGGCCCAGGCCGAUACUACUGAAGCUGAGGCCGAUACCGCUGCCUCUGCAUUGACUGAGAAGCGUGAUACGGGAGAUAAGCCCAAGGUCGAUGGUGACGGUGACCACGACAUGAGUGAGGCUGCUCCUGAGGAGAAGAACACCGAUGCGACCAUCAAGACAGAGGAGGUCGAAGGCAUCUCGGCCACCGAGCCGGAGCAUAACACCUCUGUCGCAGAUGGCGGCCUUGCCGCUGGCAACAACGAAAAUGUUGAGGCCUUGAAGCGUGCUUCGGGUUCCCCGGAGGCAAGCGGCGCCGAGGCCAAGCUUGGUAAGGAUGCUGCUCCCGCCACCGAGACCUCCGAUAAGGAUGGCACCGCUUCUGGCACCCAGGUUCGCGGUGAUGCGACCAAGAACUAAGCCGCCUGCCUGCUUUGAGCCGACCGCCUGAACGGCCUUGGCUGCAGCAGUCGUGGUGCUGGCGUGUACAAAAUCCGAUGGGCGUUUUGCGAUGGCGUUCGGGACAAUGAGGACGGAUAGGGCAGGUCUGAAUUAGCAUUGUUAGGAGUUCAUGGACUGGCCGGCUUUCCGUGGGAUUCUCUGGGCGUAUCAGGCAUGGGCGUAUCAGGCAUGGGCGUUAGGGACGUGAGGGUAUAGGAAUUGCUAUAGCGCUCAUAGCAAACAAUGAUAUCCAUGCCUUGACUG